AUGAGUAAAUUACCGACACAUAAUUCAUCCUUAUCACCAACAAAAAUAGUUUUUCGUCAACCACGAACACCAACAGAUUCUCAACAAAGAAAUUCGCAUAGAGAAGACUCGCCAGAUAAGAAAUUCAGAAUUGGUGAUCGAGUUAGUAUUCAUGGUACAUCAGGAAUAAUAGCAUUCAUUGGUUCAACACAGUUUGCGGAAGGUGAAUGGCUUGGAAUUGUUCUAGACGAAGCAACAGGCAAAAAUGAUGGUUCACAUGGUGGUAUUCGCUAUUUUGAAACGGAUGCUAAUCGUGGUCUUUUCUGUCGACCUGAUAAAGUUCAACCUUUAUCCGUUAAUGGUUCUUCUCAAAGAAAUUCACUAUUAUACACUCCAACAAGAUUGUCUGCUAUAGAUGAAACUAACCAUACAUUAGAACUAACUACUAAAAAUCUUCAAAUAGGCGAUCGAGUAGUUAUUCGUGGAACAAAAUAUGGUACACUAAAAUAUAUUGGUAAAAUACAUCUUAGUGAAGGUAUUUGGUGCGGUAUUAAAUUAGAUGGUCCAUUGGGUAAACAUGAUGGUAAAGUUGAUGGAAAACGAUAUUUUACAUGUCCACAUCGUUUUGGAAUAUUUGCUCCUUUACAUAGUGUUGAAAAAGUCAUCACUGAUUCCAACGAUGACCGACGACUUUCUCGGCAGUCGAUCAUGUCAACAGGUUCAGGUGAUCAAUUUCAUGAUACGACCAGUCAAGAUUCGACCCUUUCUGAAUUUUCAACAUCAUCAAAUAGUUUGAGUUAUGUUUUACAACGAUUACCAACAAAAGUUCGUCAACCAAAUUUUUCUACCGAUAUAACAUCGAAGGAGACAUUAUCAUCAACACAAACAACAGAUUUACUUGAAAAAAUAAAAGAAAAAGAUCUAUUUAUUGAAAAAUUAAAUAAAGAAAAUGAUAGAGAUCAUUUAGAACUUUCGAAUUCUAUAGAAAAAAUGAAUCAAAUGAAAAAACAUAUGACAACAUUACAACAACAAUACGAAACAAAAGAAAAACAAAAUGAACAAUUAAUAAAAGAACAAGCUGAAUUAAAACAACGUUUAGAAAAUUUACAAUUUCAAAUUGAAGAAUAUCAAUAUCCUGAAAUAGAUACAGACCUCUUAAAAAUAUCUGAUGGCGAUCAUAAUCAAUUAUUAUUUCAAGAUGAAAUAACAAAUUAUGAACAAACAAAAGAAAAACUUAUUCAACUUGAAUCAAUUAAUAAAAAUUUAAUACAUGAAAAACAAAUAUUACAAGAAGAUUUAAAACAAUAUAAUGAUAUGAAAAAAAACGAAAAAGAAAUAAAUAAGUUUAUUAAUGAUUUAGAAAAACAAAUUGAAUCACUCAAAAUUCAAGUAUCUGAUUUACAAAAUAAAGAACAAAAUAAAACUACUCAAUUGAAUGAAAAAGAUACAUACUACAAACAGCAAAUCAUUGAGUAUCAAUCAAAAAUUGAUCAAAUUACUAAACAAGAUCAAAAUGUAUCAUUUCUUUUUUAUUUUAACAAAUAA